AUGAACGCUGUCAUAUUACUCGUUAAGGUGUUCGCCAUUGUGCGAUGGUUGGCGGUAGCUGGGUCUGAAGGCGAGGUAUCCUCUUUUGUCGCCGCCAUUCCAGACACCUUAUCGAGCUUGCAAGCUUCUUUUACUCGGCCACAGAGCUCAAUGCCGGACAAUCGGCAAAGCCAUUCAACCUCAAACGAACGUUAUAAUCAUCCAUCCACUCAGACGGCCAACACAAUCGAUAUUGGCCGAAAGGUUGGCGAUGCAUUUGAUUCCUUUGAAAUCGAAUUCAACGGCAUCCCUGCCAGGGAAUUCGUUCCUUUCGAUAAAACAAGUGUGACAAGAGUAGUAGACAGUUAUGAGGUGCUAUGGGAAGCAAAGUCUCCCGGUGACUACUGUCCACGGAUUGUGGUCUAUCAGCACCUCUACACACCAGAUCUCGUGGCGCUCCGUCGUGUUGAAUCGAAGCGCUUUGAUAUGUUGUUUUUCAGAAGGAAAUGCGACAAGUGGGUAAAGGUGGAGGAAGACGAGUUUCUCAGCCGUCUAGACGAGGACCAGCUGAUUGAAUUUGUGAUGAAUGUGGACCAUCCAAGCGCUGAAUUUGUGGAUGCCGUUAGCUCUUAUAUUCACGGAGCGUAUGCCAAGAUAAUGAGACCGUUGGUUGGGUUCAAGGCGGUUGCACUCUCCGGUGAAAAGGGCGUUUGGUUUCAAGUACCAAAGACGGGAUUCUCGACAGUUAUACGGUUUAGUCGUUAUCCUUUUAUGGAUCUCAUUUACGUUUGUGCCUAUGGACGAGAAUACCAGCUCUACCACUACUUCUUCCAGGAAUCUGACAAGGGAUGGAAAUCCAUGGACGCCGAUAAGUUCAACGAAGCUUUGGCUGAGAUGAUUAAGGGAAGACCGGCCGAUCCAGAUGGCUUUGGUGUGCCAUCUAUUUUGAUGGGAGUUGUGGCUAUUCUCUGCCUUGUAUAUUUAUAA